UUCACAAAUCAAGCGAUCGAGGUCUGUUCCAAAAUUCUUGAUUCGUAUUAAAUCAUUGAAAAGAUGCGGUGCGGAGUUAUAUUUUUGCUCUCGGUUUUGAGCCUGUCCUGUGCUGCACCUCAAAAAUCUCAAAGGGAGAUCCUUUCUCAUUUUCUUCGCUAUGUUGAGACUAUUCAUGGCAUUCAAGUACACAAUUCGCUGGUCAUCACAGUUAAUUUUGUGCAGAGCAUAGUGGAUAACGUGCCGGUUGAACAUCGUGGAGCAGGAACAUCAGUCCUUCAGAACUUUGCUAACCGCGGCAAGAACCUUCGUCAGCGAGGCACAACUGCUGAGAAAUUUGCCUACAUCAACGAUAUUCAAGGGGUGUUCGAAGGACUCAAGGAGAGCUUUAGUGUAUCGGCUCCCGAAUCACAACAAAUUGGAAUGAGCCUUGUCGGAUUAAUGGCCGUUGCCAGUGAAUUCGUCAAGGAGGAUGAAAAAGUGCAUUCUAGUUUUACGGAAGGUGCCUACCAAAUGAAGACGAAGUUGACCCCGGCAACCAUAGCCCAGGAAAGUGAGCUUUUGAAUGUGAUCAACAAAUACAUAACUUCUAAUGAUAUUAAGCAACAUGAAACUCUCAUAGAAGAAGUACUGAAAUUCAAAAAUAGGUACUGAACGUUUGUAAUUAUUUCAUUUAACCGUUUUUAAUGCAAAUGUAAUCAUCAUAACUGAAUCAUGAACUUUUUAUCAGCAUUCAUGUUCAAGGCUAGCAAAUUUAAAAUUUUUCAAUUGCCUGAUAAGAGAUUCUUUGAAGUGUUUUCAUAAACAAAUAUAUUUAUAUAUACAUGGCAUUUGUUGGGUCCUAAUCAAAAUUUAUAAAAUGGUUAUUCAUGGCAAUAUCUUUCUUAACUGUCUCCUAUGGAUCCAGAUCGUACUUAUCUAAAUCUUACCGCAUUUUUCAAAAACACGAAACAUAUCAAAAUGGUAAAAUAAAGUG